AUGUCCCAUCCGACAGCAUUUAGACGAUCACAAACCGACAUCGGGACGUCGGCCUCGAGUCCAUUGCGGCAUGAUUCCGUUGUUUCUACGAUCAGCUCAUCCGCCUAUUCUAUCUUUUCGAAUGAUGCGGCGCCUAGUCGAAGUAGUACCAUCUCAUCGAAUGCUUCAUCCCUGCAUAAUUUCGGCCACAAGCGUGGCAUGAGUGAAGUCAGUGUUUUGACCUCAGGUUCCUCCACCAUACACGACAGAAGACCUUCUGCAGCCGAGACAUAUGGCAAUGUCCGGCGCUCUUUGCGCCCACUUCCUCAGGCACCCAAUGCUUCUCCAAAGAGCUCACUGAAGGACGGCUCAACUCGUCACGCUAGGAGCUAUACCAUUGAUGACACCGUAUAUCGAAAGCCUGUAUCUCCUGCGGGUACACCCGAGCGCAAAAUUAGAUGGCAAGAUGAGGAACCGUCGCCUCACACCAACACAGAAUUCCCCUUCCCAGCCUCAACGCCUCCACGACCGCGUUCACAGCAUUCUUACGGCCCACACAGUCCUCUUACACCCAGUUUAACUGCAUCCUUUACAGCACCAGAACUCGAGACAUUUCAAAAGUCAUCUACAGGCCACCUUCGGACUCUCUCAAAAUUUGCAAAGUCUGGAGAGACCGAGGAGUUCACUAUGGAUUCAGCUCUACCUUCAGUUGUCGGUCUGCAGGGUAGAAGACGACUGAAAAGAUCUGAUUCGAUUCGUGGAAACGCAGUCGCCCAAACGAAGAAUUUGUCGUCAUCCUGGGCAGCUGGCAACUGGAUGGACAAACAGAGACAGUUUCUACAAGCCUAUGAAUAUCUUUGCCAUAUCGGAGAAGCAAAAGAAUGGAUAGAAGAUGUCAUUCAAAAGGAAAUUCCGCCCAUUGUGCAGCUUGAAGAGGCUCUCCGGGAUGGUGUGACAUUGGCUGAGAUUGUACAAGCUCUAUAUCCCAACAGGGCGUUACGGAUCUUCCGGAAUCCACGUUUGCAGUACCGUCACUCCGAUAAUAUCGCUCUAUUCUUCCGCUUCCUGGAUGAAGUCGCAUUGCCUGAUAUAUUUCGAUUUGAAUUGAUCGAUCUGUACGAGAAGAAGAAUAUCCCAAAGGUCAUUCACUGUAUCCAUGCUCUGUCGUGGUUACUCUAUAAGAACGGCAUCGUCGCUUUUCGCAUAGGGAACCUGGUCGGUCAACUACAAUUCGAACAUCAUGAGCUCGAACAGACGCAAAAGGGGCUGGACAAAGCAGGCGUCAGCAUGCCCAGUUUCUCUGGAAUGGGAGCGACCUUUGGCGCCGAACCUGAGCCGGAACCGGAACCGGAGCCAGUUGAAACCGAAGAAGAACGAGUAGAACGCGAAUUACAUGAGAACGAGCAGUCUAUCCAUGAACUCCAGACACAGAUUCGGGGUGCUCUACUGCGACUCAAAUUGGGUCAGGUCAUGAACCAACUUUGGGACAAUGAACAAUGGAUCGUCGACCUACAGUCCAUAAUACGAGGUGACUGGGCACGUCAGAUCGUUGGUUAUCGCUUGCAAAUGCGUCAAUUUGCGGUCAACCUUCAAGCUAUAUCGAGAGGAUUUUUGGUCCGGACACGCAGACAAAAUGAAGAGGAAUGGUGGCAGCUCAAAGAACCGGAAGUCCUGAAGAUACAAAACCUUUUCAGAGGCCGCAAAGCUAGGGCUCAAAUAUCUCAUUUGAAAACGAGGAUGCGACGAGAGGAAUCUGGAGUGAAGUCUAUCCAAGCGGCAAUCAGGGGUGCACUGCAACGAAAACAGGCCUCUGACCGAGUCCAGGAGACCAAGGGUACGGAAAAAGAGGUCAAAAAGCUUCAAGCAGCCAUUCGUGGAAUGCAAGCACGCCGGUCUGUAGGUCAAGUUACGGCUCAGUUACAGCACGAAGUUGGAUCGGUUUUAUUCCUUCAAUCUGCUAUUCGAGCCUCGGCUCAUAGGGCUAAGUUAGCAGGUCUUAAAGAGGAGUUGGCGCAGAGUGAAAACAUUAUAUGCUCUCUGCAGUCCUCUAUUCGUGCUGCAGCAGUCCGCAAAAACCUCGAAAUUGUUCGAAAUCAGCUCGAUGAAUAUCAGGAAGCGGUUGCAGAUCUGCAGAGUAUUAUUCGUGCCAACGCAUUGAGGUCUAAUCUCGAGCAGCAAAGAACCUCGUUAGCGAAAACGGAACCAGAGGUGCUGCUCUUGCAAUCUAUGUCUCGCGGAAUGUCCUUGAGGAAGCGGGUCACAUCCGAUCUUGAAAACCUUGAGAACAAUACGCCGCUGUAUACCACUUUGCAAUCACUUACACGUGCUGCUUUGGUGCGAAGGGAUAUUGGGCAGAUCCUCUCUGAGCUGGAAGAUAACGAAGAUGAAGUCAUCCAACUUCAAGGGCUUAUUCGGUCAAUGCUCGUCCGCAUCGAUGUAGGCAAUAUGUUGUCGGAUCUGGAGGCCGACGAAGACGCCAUUACCGACUUCCAAGCACGCAUCAGAGGUUAUCUCGUUCGACUACGAUUUGCUGAAAAACAGCGCUUCUUCCGAGAGAAUAUGGACAAGGUCAUCAAGGUCCAAAGCUUUGUCAGGGGUAAAAUUCAAGGCCAGGCGUACAAGAGCCUUACGAGUGGAAAGAAUCCCCCUGUUGGUACUAUCAAGGGUUUUGUUCAUUUACUCAACGACAGUGAUUUCGACUUUGAUGAAGAAAUUGAAUUCGAAAGACUCCGAAAGACUGUCGUGCAGCAAGUCCGGCAGAACGAGAUGGCAGAUCAGUACGUCUCGCAGUUGGACAUCAAGAUUGCGCUGCUAGUUAAGAACAAGAUUACCCUGGAUGAAGUUGUCAAGCAUCAAAAACAUUUUGGUGGACACGUCGGGUCUCUCCUGUCGAACAACAACAUCUUGUCAAAGGAUCCGUUUGAUCUCAAGGCAUUGAACAAGACUUCACGAAAGAAGCUCGAGCAAUACCAGGUUUUGUUUUUCUUACUUCAAACCCAGCCACAGUACCUCGCUAGGCUCUUCCGCAAGUUACGAGAGCAAAAUACCAGUGACAAGGAGUACGAGAAGACAAAGCACGUCAUUAUGGGUCUCUUUGGGUACUCACAAAAGAGACGAGAAGAAUACUAUCUCAUCAAACUGAUCACUCGUUCCAUCAAAGAAGAGAUACAGAGCUGUCCGUCUUUGCAAGACUGGGUUCGAUGCAACUCAUUCUGGAUCAAGCUGUUUGUGGCAUACGUCAAGUCGCCAAGAGACCGGAAGUUUCUCCGAGAAAUUCUCAAUCCAAUUGUCAAAGAGUGGAUUCUUGAGAACCCAGAUAUAGACCUUGAGAGCGAUCCCCUGCAAAUAUAUCGCACUGCUAUCAUCAACGAAGAACUCCGGACUGGCCAAAAGAGCAGACGACCACUUGAUAUACCAAAAGAAGCUGCUAUUCGCGAUCCGGAGACGCGGGCUAUCUUCAUCCAACAUCUUGAAAACCUUCGUGACAUUUCAGAGCAAUUCCUUGGAAGAUUCCACGAAGCGCUGCCCAAGAUGCCUUUCGGUAUACGCUAUAUUGCCAAGGAAUUAUAUGAGAUGCUUCUCGCUCAGUAUAGCAACGAAGAUCCGGGCCUCGUGCUACAGGUAGCAGGUCAAUGCAUAUGGAAGAAUUAUCUUCAGGCUGCUGUCUUGGAACCAGAGAAGCAUGGUGUACUCGAUCAUAGCUUGGACCCUAAGCAUAAGAGAGAUUUGAGCGAGAUUGCCAAGGUCCUCUCCCAAGUAGCAUCAGGGCGCCUGUUCGGGGAAGAGGGAGUCUUUCUACAACCACUGAACCCUCAUAUCGGCAACUUCAUUCUGCGUUUAGGUGAAAUCUGGGGCGAUAUGAUCUCCGUACAAGAAGCAGAGUCUUAUUUCGAUAUCGAUGAGUUCAACGAUCUGUACGCGAAGACCAAGCCAACUCUGUACAUAAAAAUGUCCGACAUCUUCUCAAUCCAUCAACUCGUUGCAUCUGAGAUCGACUAUCUAUGCACACGGCCGGACGACACACUCAAAGAGAUUAUACGUGAUCUUGGUACAGUCAAAGCUAGUCAACAUGAGCUUAUGGGAGUCCGGUCUUCUGAAAUCAGUCUAACACUCCAUCCAAAGCUUACUAAUAUGGAAGAUCCCGAAGCUGGCAUCAAAGCCCUAUUCAUGGAGACCAAGAGGUGCAUCCUUUAUAUUAUCAGAGUUCAGUCCGGUGCAAAUCUCAUGGAGAUCAUGCUCAAGCCCCCAACGGAAGAGGAUGAACAACGAUGGCUGUCUCUUGUUCAUGACGAGCUUUCCGCAAACAACAAGAGGAAAGGCGCUUACUCUGAAAUAAACACAGCGCUAGACCUAAGUACCAUGAGCUAUGCGGACUUGAAAAGUGUCGCCCUCGAAAACAUACUUCAGUUGGAGCAAGUAGGAAAGAUUAGCCGACAUAAUCAGUACCAAGAUAUAUUAAAUGCGAUUGCGGUGGACAUUCGAACCAAGCAUCGCCGAAGGAUCCAACGGGAACGAGAGCUAGAAAGCGUUCGUUUAACACUAUCCAGACUGAAUGACCAGGCCGAGUUCCUUGAGCAGCAAUUGAAGACCUAUAACGACUACAUCGAGCAUUCAAUGGCCACUCUCCAGAAUAAAAAAGGCAAGAAAAGGUUUCUCUUACCCUUCACGAAGCAAUGGGACCACGAGCGUGAACUUCAAAAGACCGGCCGGGUGUUCAAGCUUGGUUCCUACAAAUACUCCGCACGCACCCUUGCCGAAAAGGGAGUCCUGGUUCACUGGAAAGGUUAUACAGAGCGUCAAUGGGACCGAGUUGACCUCAGCAUUUCCAGUAACGAAGUGGGAGUGUUCAUUCUUGAUGGAAGUAGCGGCAAUAUGAUGAUACCCGGUGCCAGUGCCCAGGUACCAUUGGAUGAUCUUUUGCAAGCACAGUACAACAAUACUCAAUUCCUUGAUUUCUUCGAGGGUACAUUACGGGUGAAUGUUGAUUACUUCUUGCAUUUGAUUAUGAAGAAGUUUUACAAUGAAUGAUCGACUAUUUGUCUCUCGGUGUCUCUGCUUCGUUUCGACGAGGGCAUGGCAUUUCUUAUGUCUUACAGAUUGACUUUACGGCUUUUUAUGAUCUUGCAAUUACGUUCGAUGAUAUCCUUACAGGUAGGCUGGUAUUGGAGUGUUGAUUGAUAUGUUAUUUGUUUUUCAAUAGCGGAAUGACUUUUUUCUUUUUUUUGUGUGUGGUUAUUCCUGCAUAAUAUUUCUGUUCAUGUUUGUUACACUCAUCACUGCAUAUAUUUUAUCUCCUUGUCUCGUACACCUUCUUAUCCCUCGAAGUGGAAAAAUUGAGCUCUCUUGUCAUGUUCAUAUCCUCAGCAUGGCUAUCUUCUCUUUCAACCUGUAGGUAGCGUAUAUUAGGCGUUAUAUUCAUUAUACCAUGCGACACC